AGAGAGAGAGAGAUAGAGUUCUUUCCUCCUCUAGGUGAGUCAAAGCUAAAGGAGGAAGCAGGAUGUCAUGACGGAGGGUUGGGGCUAUGGCACAAUGUCUGUCUCUGCCCUGAGUAAGGGCCACUACUGCCAACGAGGAUUGUGGGAAAUGGCCCCCGAUGUGCUGCUGUUCAUCUUGGCACUGACAGCCUGUCUGAUUCAGCCUGCUCACUGUGAAGAGAGUGAAGGAUCUGGAGUUACAAAAGCAGAAGCACAAAGCACUGAGAUCUCAACAACUAUAACCCUCACUCCUCCUGUGACCAGUGGAACAUGGAGCAGCACCUUUACAGUUGAUGUCCAGGAGGAAGAUGUUCCUGGAGGUGCUGAAACACUUGCCCAGGUUACUCUGGAGCAGAACUCAACGACGAAUCUGAGUCCUAAUAAAACAACCACAGAUAAGAAGCUCAAGUCAGCACCCAAGAGUUCUGUAUAUCACACUACAGUAGUAACUCCCGAUAUUCAAGGGCAGAAUAACACCACGCAGGAAGAUGACCAACAGGAGGAAGCAGACUCGUGGAAGAUGGUCAUGAUUGCUGCAGUGUGUCUGACCCUCACUCUGCUCCUGGCAGUUGCUGCGGCCGGAUUACUGAUCACAUGCAGGAGGAGGAAAAAAAACACAGCCGAUUCUGAGAAGGACGAUCCGUAUCUGGAUGAAGACUUUGGAGAGAAGGUGCCGAUGCCUAUGUUUGAAGACGACAUGCCCUCGGUGAUGGAGUUGGAGAUGGAGGAUUUUGAGAAAUGGAUGAUAAAAGGAGGGAGCAACAUCAGCAUGGACUCAAAACAGCGACAUCAUUCAUGAGCACACUGCUGUAAUUGCUAUUGGACUCGGCUAGAGAAAGAGAGAAAAAUAGAUGGAGCACUCAGCAUCCUAUCAUGCUAGUAGCAUCUUUCCUGUGAACACACACACACACACACAC